UAUAAAACCUCUUGGGCUCCCUCCAGCCACACUGUAGACCUACUGGAAACUAUAGAGACACCUGAGUAUCGCCCCACUGGCUGAACUAUCCCGUCACAAUGCUGUCACGAACGUUGAUUGUUGCUUUGAUCUUUACUUUGGCUGGUCUUGCUCUCUCAGCCCCCAUUACUGAUGGAACAGAGGGAGACAAUGAUGGUGCCAAAGAUGGCGGAGGCCCCACUGGCAGCCCGGUAGUUGCAGCAGCAGCUGGAGACUCUGUAGGGACCACAGAUGGGACUGACUCUAAUAAAGAGCUGGCUGGAGAUGUGAGUAGCAGUGAUACAUCCACAGACACAAGCAAUGUAGAUACCAGCGUGGAAACCCCAGGCAGUCCUGAUGGCCCUGAUGCCCCAGCUGAAGCAGCGGGCAGCCAAGAUACAACUGAUGCAACUGCAGAUGUGGAUAAGUCUCCAGAAGAUAAAUCCACAGAGUCUCCAGAAGAUAACUCCACAGAGUCUCCUGACAGUGACUCCACAGAGUCUCCUGACAGUGACCCCAAAGAGUCUCCUGAAAGUGACUCCACAGAGUCUCCUGAAAGUGACAACACAGAUGAAGCGCUGACAGACGUGCAAGCUGACUCUGACGUGACCAGUGAUGACACGGAGGAGGCCACGGAGACAGACAAAGAUGAUGACAAGAGUGACGACAAGAGUGACUCAGAGGAUGCAGAUGGGAAGGAUACUGCAGGUGAAGAAGAAAUGGUAGAUAAUGACUCUGCAGAUGCUGCCACAGACAAAAACGAUAGUGAUGAGGAUAAGGACAUUGAACUAGAUGGUAAGGCCCCUGCAGAAGAGAAGGACAGCGCAGAAGACAUAGAGACAGAGGAAGCGGCGGACAGCGACAGCAAACAAGACGACGCAGACUCAGACACUAAGGAUGACAAGCCAGACAAAGAUGACAAGAAAGACAGCACAGAUGACAGCAAAGACAGCGACAGCUCAGAUGACCACAAAGAGAGCAGCGAAGAAGAGGCCCGGAUUCCAGAGGAGGAACCAGAGCACCAGGAAAUUGAAGAAAAGGACAGUGAGAGCCAACAGGACACCUCAGAAGAAAACGACAAGCCAGACAAAGAAGAUGAGAAAGACAGCGACAGCUCAGCCGACAGCAAAGACAGCAGCGAAGCGGAUGUCCAGUUCUCGGAGGAGGAACCAAAGCAGCAGGAAAUGGACAUGAAGGACAGAGGUGACGUGGGGGAACAGCAGGCCAGCCCUGAAGACAACAUCGAGGAGGGAAGCCCUGUAGGGAGCCAAGAAUUUGAGCCUCUACAGGAUUCGGAGGAGGAGGCGGAGCUGGAGUCAAAAAAGGAGGGGAAGCUGGAGGAGGCGGAGAAGGAGGAGCUGGAUGCGGAGAUGAACCUAGACACAACAGAGUCCGACAGCAAGGAGGACAGCAAGGAGGACAGUAAGGAGGACAGUAAGGAGGACAGUAAGGAGGACAGUAAGGAGGACAGUAAGGAGGACAGUAAGGAGGACAGUAAGAAUGAGAUUAAGGAUGAGAGUGAGGAUAAGACUGAGGCUGACGCAGACUCCAACAGCAAGGAGGACAUUGGGACCAGCGAUGCCCCUCAACCACAAGAGGAUGACAGUGAAGAGGACACUGAAGUCCAGCCAGAGGACACUGAUGAUAGCAUGAUGAAGGAGCCCAAAGAUUCUGAUGAUGCUGACAAAGAUGAUAUGGACAAGGAUGCCUCUGACUCGGAGGAUGACAAAUCUGAAUCUGAUGCAGAGCCAGGUUCAGAUUCACACAAAGAUGAGGAUGAGACCGACGAGGAUUCCGAUGAUGCGUCAGAGUCCAUGGCCAAAGAAGACGAUAUGGAUGAUGAUGAUGACAUGGAUGGGGCAGAAACAAUGGCUCCAGAUUCAGAAGCUGUUCCAGCUGACAUUCUGGACCAACCAGAUCAACAGGAUUACAUGACACAGGGUGACUCUCACGGCGUUGAUGCACCGGCCGCCCAGUCUUAGCCCUGUAGCUGGAGCCCACAGGACGCUGUGAAUGGAAUCAGACAGUUUGAUAGUCCCAUCAUGGUGAAUCCCACAUAAAACAACACGACCUCCCGCAGUCAUGACAAAAACAGCGUAAAAAAACUUACGUUUCUUAAGUUCCUUAACCCUCUCUUGCCACUCAAAAUGGUGAAGGUGUCUACGGGGAUACAAUUAAAUUAUUCUACUGUUUUGGUGUACAUUACCUUUUUAGCCACUUUUUGACUGCAUUGUUGUUUUUUGGCAUCUCAAGGGUAGUUUAAUAUUUGAUCAUGGAGAAUAUAUAUUUUUUCAACUUUGUUUUUUUUAAAGACAGUUUAUUUAAGUUGUGACAUCAUCAUUAUAUAAGUUACACCCCUGUCUAAUCAACUAGUGUGUUGAUAAAAUGGUCACCAUGUUCCCUUAUAAUGCCCUUGAAAAAAAGUCUGUUUUUUUUAAGAUAGCACUCAGUCAUUGUAGGUUUGCUAGGUUUCUGCAGGUUGUGGGUUACUACAGUUUUCCUCUUGCUUUCAUGUGAUGCAUUGCUGUCUCAGUCCUUGACAGAAAGCUCAAUUGGCACAUUUUCCUUAACCGAUAAAAAUAACUCUACUGGCUCAGUUCAACAUUCAUUUUAAAGUUAUGAGAAACAUAAGGUCCUUUAUACAAAAUGAAGUGUACAUACAAUGUCUUUGAUCAGAUAUAAUCUACAUUGGUUGGACAAAUGGUAAAAUAACAAUUGCAUAGACAUAAUGAGAAUUUAAUUUCAUAACUGUAUGCACACAGGGGGGAUAUCUAAUAAAGAUUGAGUUGUCAGAUAA